UGUUGUACCUUUGUACCUCUCUAUACAGCUGGACUGUAGGCUACCUAAGCAAUUUAAUUCAAGUACAUAGAUUUCAAAGUUGAGGUACUUUUACUACUUCAGUACUACUAUUUAAUGCAACGCUGUACUUCUACUCCACUGAUAUUCAGAGGGAAAUAUCGUACUUCUUACUCGUUUGACAGCAAUAGUUUCUCUCCUGACAUAGUAUCUUUCCUGUGCAAUAAAAAACAUGUUUAAACAAAUAUUUUGAUUUUAAAUUUGAUUGUUUUUGAUACUAUGACUCUGACGUACAAGCCACGCCCUGUAUUGCGCAAGUUCAUUAUUAAAUGCGACCUCCCAAUCAGCUGACUGACGUUAAGCUUCAUGCUUUACUUAUCAAACAAUAUGAAACCCUUAUUUGUGUUUCUGCUCUUCUGUCAUGUUGCAUCUACAGUGAAACACUCCCUGAAAUAUGUCAUUACUGCAACUUCCGGAGUCCCAAACUUUCCAGAGUUUGUGGGUGCUGCGAUGGUCGAUGAAGUCCUGAUGGGUUACUGUGACAACAACAUGAAGACCGCAGAGCCCAAACAGGACUGGAUGAGAGAUUUUAUAAAGGAUGACCCAACACAGCUGGAGUGGUAUUCUCUGCAGUGUAUCGGCGCUCAGCAGUUCUUCAGAGCCAACAUUGACUUCUUGAAGCAAAGCUUAAACCAAACUGGAGGCGCCCACAUUUUACAGAGGAUGAACGGCUGUGAGUCGGAUGAUGAGACUGGAGAGGUGACUGGUUUUGAUCAGUAUGGUUACGAUGGAGAGGACUUCAUUGCGUUCGACCUGCAGACACUGACGUGGACUGCUCCAAAACAGCAGGCGUUCACCACCAAACUUAGAUGGGAUGCUGACAAAGCCAGAUUAGAGGAUUAUAAAAAUGAAUUGAUCAACGAAUGUCCAAACUUGCUGAAGAAGUACGUGAACUAUGGGAGGAGCUUUCUGCAGAGAACAGACCUUCCCUCAGUGUCUCUCCUCCAGAAGACUCCCUCGUCUCCAGUCAGCUGCCAUGCUACAGGUUUCUACCCUGACAGAGCCAUGAUGUUCUGGAGGAAAGAUGGCGAGGAGAUUCAUGAGGACGUGGACCACGGAGAGAUCCUCCCCAACCACGACGGAUCCUUCCAGAUGAGCGUGGACCUGAACCUUUCAUCAGUCCCACCUGAAGAGUGGAGGAGGUACGACUGUGUGUUUCAUCUCUCUGGUUGGAAGGACGACAUCGUCACCAAACUGGACCAAGCAGUGAUCAGGACCAACCGGGUUCCAGAGUUUCCUGCUGGUUUGGUUGUUGGAGUUGUUGUAGGACUGCUGGUGCUCCUGGUGAUCUGCAUCACUGGACUCUUCAUCUGGAGGAGGAACAAUAAUGGGUUCCUGCCUGCUAACAGUCAGGACCUCCGUCAGCUCCGAGGUCUUCUCACUGGACAGCAGUCGUGAGAGUCCGCCAUGUCGAAACAACUGUUGCACAAAUUAUUUUAAAAGCACUAUCACUGUGUCGGAAGACUUAACAUGAGUUACAUUCUGUUUCCUAGUUUUCACAUGUACUAGAAAUUUACUUUCAGCCUUUCAGUUAUUCUUUUGUAAUCAAGGAUCUAUUCCCCAAGAUGUCUGUUCAAGUCUGCUCAAGUAUAGUGAGAUGGAGAAAGGCAAACGGUUGAUUUGAUGAUGAUGGAGGGUGGGAUGAACGAUUGAGAAUAAAGUUACAAAAGUGUGCACGCCCAUGAAGCAUAUUUAUUACAUAUAUGUGUAAAGGCCUAGGUGCAUCUGCUCUUCAAUUUGUUGAAAGAGCGGAAAUUAUUGCAGAACAGGUUGAUUGUUUCUGAUCCAAAUGUAAGUAAACCAUUAUGUUUUUAAUAUUUGGAGUAAAAUCUGAUUCUGAUCCCUCUUCUUUACAGUUACUGAUGCAAAUAUAGUGAUGUUUGACUGCUCUGUUUCCUUCAUGACAUGCAAAAUGUUUUUGGCUUUGUUUAAGUUAAAUGUGUAUUAAAAUUGGUUUGGGCUGACCCGGGGUUGGGUCGCUGGGGUUGCAGUCUUAGGAGGGUCUUCCAGACCUGUAUGUAUGUAUAUGUAUGUGAAAAUAAAUAAAAAUAUAUAUAUAUAUA